CUAUGUUGUGACGUCACAUGCCUGAACGGAACCUACCACUGGAGUUCCCGUGAAAGCCGCGCACCGACGUCAAACAUUUGUCAAGUCACUCGACUUGUUUUAAGACUCAAUUUCACAGGGUUGCAAUGGGUCGGGAAUCGCGACAUUACAGGAAACGUUCGGCGUCUCCUCGGCGAUCCGGUAGCCGCUCGAGAAGUCGUUCUCCGGAUAAACGCUCCAAGAAGGACGACCGGGACCGAAGCCGGAGGGAGAGGUCUCGGAGCCGGGACAGACGUAGAACUCGCUCUCGAUCCCGGGACAGGAAGCGUGCCAGGCGCUCCAGGAGCAGAGAGAGGAGGAGGUCCAGAAGCCGUGAACGGAAGAAGUCCGGAAGCAGGGGCCGGACGAGGAGGUCGCGCUCGGCCAGUCCUGGCAAAAGCAAGAAAACCGAUGAAAAGUCAAAGAGUAGAGAGAAAGAAAAUGUUGAUAUUGCAUCUGACAAAAAAAAGAUUAAGGAGGAGAAGGAAGAGGAGAAAGUUGAUGAUCAGCAGGACUUUGACCAGAACAAACUGGAGGAGGAGAUGAGGAAGCGGAAGGAGCGUGUAGAGAAGUGGCGCGAGGAGCAGCGCAAGAAGGCCAUCGAGAACAUCGGCGAGAUCAAGAAGGAGCUGGAGGAGAUGAAACAGGGCAAGAAGUGGAGCCUGGAGGACGACGACGACGACGACGAUGACACGCCCGUCCCCAUGGAGGCGGACGAUGAUGACGAGGAGGAUGGAGAAGGCAAAGGAGAGCCCAAGGAGGGCGAGGUCAAGGAGGAGAAAAUGGACGAGGGUGAGAAGGAUACGGCUGCGGAGAAAAAAGACGAGGAGGAUGACGUUGACCCGCUUGACGCCUACAUGGAGGAAGUGAAGCAGGAGGUGAAGAAGUUCAACAUGGGAGGCGUGAAAGGAAACGACGCGAAAGGAGCAACGGUCACCAAAGUUGUGACGGUGGUUAAAACCAAAAAAGGACCUCAGACUCAUAAGAAGAAGGGCGAGUUGAUGGAGAAUGACCAGGAUGCAAUGGAGUACUCAUCAGAGGAGGAGGAAGUGGACCUCCAGACAGCGCUGACUGGCUUUCAGACCAAGCAGAGGAAGAUCCUGGAGCCCGUGGACCACGGCAAGAUCCAAUACGAGCCUUACCGCAAGAACUUUUAUGUGGAGGUGCCCGAUCUGGCCAGGAUGUCCGUCGACGAGGUGAACGCGUACCGGAGUGAACUGGAGGGGAUUACGGUGAAAGGGAAGGGAUGCCCUAAGCCAAUCAAAACGUGGGUGCAAUGCGGCGUCUCCAUGAAGAUCCUGACUGCCCUCAAGAAGCAAGGUUACGAGAAGCCCACCCCUAUCCAGGCCCAAGCCAUCCCCGCCAUCAUGUCGGGCCGAGACCUUAUCGGUAUCGCUAAAACGGGCAGUGGCAAAACUAUUGCCUUCUUGCUGCCCAUGUUCAGACACAUCAUGGACCAGAGACCCCUGGAAGAGUCUGAGGGACCCAUUUCUGUGAUCAUGACGCCCACCAGAGAGCUGGCCUUGCAGAUCACCAAGGAGUGCAAGAAGUUCUCCAAAUCGCUGGGACUCAAUGUGGUGUGCGUCUACGGGGGGACGGGGAUCAGUGAACAGAUUGCCGAGCUGAAGCGAGGAGCCGAGAUUAUCGUGUGCACGCCGGGGAGAAUGAUUGACAUGUUGGGUGCUAACAGCGGUCGCGUCACUAACCUACGCAGAGCUACGUACGUGGUGCUAGAUGAAGCUGACCGGAUGUUCGACAUGGGCUUCGAGCCGCAGGUCAUGCGCAUCGUGGACAACGUUCGUCCGGACAGGCAGACGGUGAUGUUCUCUGCUACCUUUCCCAGAGCAAUGGAGGCGCUGGCUCGCCGGAUCCUGGCUAAACCCCUGGAGAUCCAGGUGGGCGGACGCAGCGUGGUUUGCUCCGACGUCGAGCAGCAUGUGCUGGUGAUUGAGGAGGACCAAAAGUUCUUGAAGCUGCUGGAAAUACUUGGCCACUAUCAGGAGAAGGGCUCAGUCAUCAUCUUCGUCGACAAGCAGGAACACGCCGAUGGCCUCCUCAAAGACCUGAUGAAGGCCUCGUACCCGUGCAUGUCCCUGCAUGGAGGCAUUGACCAGUACGACAGAGACAGCAUCAUCAACGACUUCAAGAACGGUGCUUGCCGCCUGAUGGUGGCCACGUCUGUUGCGGCGCGAGGGCUGGAUGUCAAGCAGCUCAUCCUGGUGGUCAACUACAACUGCCCUAACCAUUACGAGGACUACGUGCACAGGGCCGGACGCACAGGCAGAGCGGGCAACAAGGGCUACGCCUACACAUUCAUCACGGAGGACCAGGUCCGAUAUGCUGGCGACAUCAUCAAAGCCUUGGAGCUGUCCGGUUCCCCUGUCCCGGCCGCCUUGGAACAGCUGUGGGCCUCAUUCAAAGAUCAGCAGAAAGCGGAGGGCAAGACCAUCAAGAGCAGUAGCGGCUUCUCGGGCAAAGGCUUCAAGUUCGACGAGACCGAGCACGCUUUGGCCAACGAGAGGAAGAAGCUCCAAAAGGCCGCGCUCGGUUUGCAGGAUUCUGAUGACGAGGACGGAGCACUGGAUAUUGAGGAGCAGAUUGAGAGCAUGUUCAACUCCAAGAAGCGGGUGAAGGACCUGAUGGCUCCCGGAGCGGCAGCGGGCGCGGGGGGUUCGUCUGGAGCUUCCGCGGGCUCGCUUAGCGGGCUCUCGGGCCUGGGGCCCACGUCUGCCGGAAACAUCCAGAAGCUGGAGAUGGCUAAGCGACUGGCACUCAAGAUCAAUGCCCAGAAGAACCUAGGAGCGGAAGCUCAAGAUGUGAUGCAGCAGGCCACCAACGCCAUUCUGCGAGGCGGCACCAUCCUGACGCCCUCGGUUUCGGCCAAGACCAUUGCUGAGCAGCUGGCCGAGAAGAUCAACGCCAAGCUCAACUACACGCCGGUGGAGAAACUGGAGGAGGAGCGGCAGGCUUCUGAGCAAUCAGAGACCGUCAAACGCUACGAGGAGGAGCUGGAGAUCAACGACUUUCCACAGACGGCCAGGUGGAAGGUGACUUCCAAAGAAGCCCUACAGAGGAUUGGCGAGUACUCGGAAGCUGCCAUCACCAUCAGAGGAACCUACUUCCCUCCGGGCAAGGAGCCGAAAGAGGGAGAGCGCAAAAUCUACUUGGCCAUUGAAAGCGCAAAUGAGCUGGCUGUGACGAAGGCGAAAACCGAGAUUACACGUCUCAUCAAGGAAGAACUCAUCAGAUUACAAAACUCCUACCAGCCGACCAGUAAAGGACGAUACAAAGUGUUGUAAAGGAAAUCAAGAAUUGUUUUGUUUUUAUCUUUCACUGCUCCACAUUUUUUGAAGAUUGUUUGUUAAUUUUUUUCCAAUGUGUAUAUUCCUCCCAGCUACAAAUCCAUAAAUCAGCACAGAACUAUAUGUGUUUAAAGGUUUUGAUCAUCACCUUUUUGUAUUAAAAAAAAAAAGCAAUCCAUCGUUCAAGGAAGGACGCUUUUUAAUUUACCUCCCUGCUUUAAUAAAUGAUAACAUUGGUGAGGA